CCAUCGACCAUUCAAAGCGAGGUCGCCCCGGUCGCCCCCCUCCGGCCUCGCCGUAAUGCCAACCUUCAAGUCGCUCAAGUCGCUCAAGCCCUCCAAGGUCGGGGAGAAGCUCAAGGCCACGGCCAAGAGCUUCAAGAGCAAGUCCAAGACCGACGCGCCCGCGGUCGAUGCGGUCGAGCCGCCGCUGCAAGCGUUCGAGGCGGAGAAGUGGAUCCAGCAGUCCGUCGCGGCCGAGGCCGCGAAGCGGGUUGACGAGGAGGCCGCCGCCGCCGCGGCCGCCGCCGCCGCGGAGAUGGAGGCGGCGGCGGCGGCCAAGAAGAGUGCGGACGAGAAGGCUGCGGCCGAGCAGGCUGCGGCCGAGCAGGAGAAGGCUGCGGCCAAGAGCAAGGCGCUGGAGAUGAUCAACGCGGCCCGCCGCGGCGACAGCUCCGAGAUCCCUGACAUCGAAGCGGGCUGCGAUUCUCCGUCCGACACCGCGGCCGCCUCCGCCCUGAGCUCGCUGCGCGCCUUCCUCCCCACGAGGCAGGUGAGCUUUGAGACCAAGGAGGAGGUCGAGCCCGAGCCCGUGGCCUCGGCGGAGCCGCCGGCUAAGCCGGAGGCGCCGGCGGAGCAGGAGCUGGCGGAGCAGGGACCGGCGGAGGAGGAGCCGGCGGGGGAGGAGGAGGGCGGGCCCUCUGUGUUUGGCGUUCGCUUGCGCCGGUCGGGCGGGUCGUUCACGCCCGAGCCGGCGGCGCCCGAGCCGGCGGCGCCCGUGGAGGCGGCGCCCGUGGAGGAGGAGCCGGCAGCACCGGAGCCGGCGGCACCGGAGCCGGCGGCACCGGAGCCGGCGGCACCACCACCGGAGCCGGCGGCACUGGAGCCAGAGCUGGCGGUGGAGGAGCCGGCGGUGGAGGAGCCGCCCGCGCCCGAGGCGACGGAAGAGGCCGCGGCGGAGGAGGCGGAGGCGAUCCCGCUCGUCGCCCGUGCCGCCGGGGAGGGCGGCGAGGCUGUGGCCGAGCUUCCCCUCGCCCAGGCGCCGGAGGGGGUGCUCCAGUCACCCGGCUUCCGCAGCCCGAUCCUGGGCGGAGCGCGCGACAGCACCUUCGAGCAGCAAGGCUUCUUCUCGCCGAUGACUUCGCCCUCCUCCGCUGCGCCAGACAUGACGCCGGAGCUGCAGCGGCUCGAGGAGGACGUCGACCUCAUGUCGCCCGACAACUCGUCGCAAAUCGACCCCCUCGCGCCGCCCGCCAUCGAGCACGCCGCAGAGACCGCCGCAGAGACCGCCGCAGAGACCGCCGCAGAGCCGGCGCCCGUGGCCCCGCUUGUGAAGGGGCCGGCGGCGCUGGGCAGGUGGCAGAAGCGCGAUCAGGCGGGCUCCGGGCGCGCUUCCGCCGACUCCGACGCGAGCCCGCCGCCGCAGCCUCCGUCGCCAAAGGCGGCGAACAAGCCGCGCAAGUCCGACUUCUAUGAGAACUGGAACAACAACUACAUCAAGAAGCUCACCCCGACCAAGGGGGCACCCAAGAAGCAAAGCCUCGGCGAGGAGGAUCGCGAAAACUCGCCUGGCAAUUUGGUCAUGAAGGCGCCGACGCCGCGUAGCAAAGCACGCACAGCCUCGCCGCGCCGCCCCGCUGCUCCGCUUACCGCACCCCUCGACCGCGCGUGUCCCACGAACCCUCGCCCUCCCCGCCACCGCCGUCCCAACAACCACCGCAAUCACCUCCGACCCAACCACCACUGUCACCUCCACCCUCACCACCACCACUCUCGCUGUCACCGCUCUCGCCACCCUCUCGUUUCCACCACCCCCCACCCGAUGCACCCCACGGCGCAGACGCGCCGCUCCUUCAUCGAGAAGGAGGCGGGCGGCGCCAGCUCGCAGCGGCAGGAGGCGAUGCAGCGCCUCAACGCACAGGGCGUGGUGCCCAAGAAGCAGGCGUUCGGCAUCAAGUCGCGCCGCAGCUCGCAGCACGCGGCCGCCCUCUCCGCCCUCUCCGCCAACGGCGCCGCCGCGCCGAGCCACGAGGCCGCCGCCGUGCCCAAGCCGAUGGCGCCGUCGAGGCCCGCCCCCUCCAGCCCGCCCAAGAAGGGGCCGGUGGCGCCGGCGGCGCCUCCGCCACCGCCCCCCGCGCCGGGCGGCGACGUGUGCAGCGAGUACCGCCUCGACAUGGCCGCCGCCACCUUUGGCGCCUGCGUCUGCGGCUUUCCAAAGUCGAUGCACUGCUCCGCGACGCUCCGGUCGGCGGCCGCGGCUCCCGCCAGCUUCAAUCCGGCUCCCGGCUUCGACGCGACGCAGGCGUCGACGGCUCGCGCCGCGAUCCUCGCAAAGAUGGCCUCUGUCGCCUAGAGGGGCAGCAGCGCCGCCUCGCGCUGGGGCGGUGGCCGCGAGCGGCCACUGCCUCGUGCUCUUGCCGGCUCGCACUCUUUGGUGAGUGUUGAGCUUGCGCGUGCCGACCCUCUGUUCUGCCCUUGUGCAUGCGACCGGCAAGGCUUAGUCGAGGGGACAGCUCCGGAGGCACUGCUCGCUUCUGCUCUCCCCCCCGCUUCGUCGCCGCUCUCUCCGCCCCGAUCCCCUAGAGCAAAAGCAAACCCUCCCGCCCCCGCUCCUCACCCUUCCGCUGUGUGGUGUAUUGCGCGCACUUGAUGUACGUGCGCCUGUCUCUGCGCUCACGCUAUGUAUCCAGUUAUGUGCUAGUGUCACUGUCAGAGCACAGAAGCUCAGAAGUUCGCGUUUGACUUUGUGUUUGGUUUGUCGCGACUCGCCUUUCGCGGCCCGGGCGCGGGGCCUCGCGCAGCCCUCUCCGGAGUCCGCAUGUGUGUGCGUGUGCGUGUUCAAAUCGACACCUAUCUCCG